CGCGCGCGUAAUACCAGUACCGUAACGUCUGCCAUGGCUGAUGCGGUGGAGAGAACAGACGACUUGGUUCGAGAUUACCUGCUGUUUCGUGGCUUUACGAAUACUCUGAAAACUUUUGAUGCAGAAUUAAAGGUCGACAAAGAUAAGAAGCUCCGGGUGGACAAAGUGCUAGACCAUCUGCUGAACUCGGUAUGGAAUUACGAUCUAGCAGCAGUCCGAGGCUACAUGGAACACCUGGACAGGCGGAUAUUUUCCCACCUGGAGUACAGUCAGAUGACCAAUGUCCGCAAGCUGGAAGUCAGCAUUCUGAGGUUGUACAUCGUGAACGCAAGCCAGAACAAUCGGUCCGAUAAAGUCAGCGAGUUCUUUGAGAAGAUGGGAAGCGAGAUUCAGAACCAGCCUGAAUGGAAAGAGUGGUUCGCGUUACCUUUCCUGAAGAACCCAGAGCAGAGUGCGACCUUUGAACUCUACUUCAGCAAGCAGUGGCAGGAGACCUUGACGAUUUCUCUCCACAACUUCUUCAGCAUCAUCUUCCAGUCCAUGCCUCUUCCAGGAUUGCUGAAUUUUGACGCUGAACUGCAGCGGAUGAAUGACUUGCAAGACAACAACGCACUCCUUAUGAAGCAGGUUUCCAUGUUGGAGCGUGCCCAGAAGGAGAAAGGUGCAUCCUUAGAGCUUCCUUCAGAACUCAGCGGAGCCGCAGAGGUGCAGGAUGACUUCACUGCCUUACCAACGAAUGCUGAAGUCAAAGACCCACAGUUCAAGGCCGCCAGGGUAAGCAGCACCAAGAAAAGCCCGUCCCCGAUUUCAGUCAGACGGAGUAACCCACUGGGGACACCCGGCCCCGCCCGUAGGGCCGUCACGGCGAUCCUGGGCAGCGUCAGUGACAAGGUCACCAGGCAAGUGGGCAAUGGCAGGGAGUCAGGAACAAGCAAGAAGGCGGAAAUCACCCAGGCUGCAUCAUCGGGGAUAUCUGUACAGGGAUUCAACCAAAUGAGCCAGCCAUCUCAGCAGCCAGCCACACACCAGAGGCCCGGUCGCUCCCAGCAGCAAUCCUCCCAGGCUCUCGCCCAGCAGAGACGGGAACUCCUCUCCAAAUCCAGCCAGGGGAGGGCGCCAGACUCGCAACGCUACGCGUCGCAGUCCAGCGUGGAGGAGUACGGCAUGCAGGACAUGCUGAGCGUCGGCAAGCCGGGCAGGAGCGGCAACUUUGGCACGUUGCCAAACUUCGCGGAGCCUGUCGCGCUAGAGCCUGUCGUGAAGAAGGAGCCGGAUGUGACUGUGCCUAAGGCCCUUCCCCAGCCUGUUGCAGUGCCUAUUGAAGAGACAAAGAAGCCCUCACUAGACCAAGAUUACGAGGAGGCAGCUCCAUUCAUAGUCCUCAGCCAAGACGAGUACACGGAGCAUCACUCAGCCAUCGCUGCCUGCAAGUUCAACCCCUCUGCCACUACCGUGGCCAGUUUGGACAUAGAUGGUGUUGUCAAGGUUUGGAAGUUUGCACCUUCCCCAAUAACCACGGCAACAAUCAUGUAUAAAUCACCAGUACUAUCCAUAGAGUGGGCUACAAAAUCGGACCGCUUGUUGUUACUGGGCAGUUCAAACGGCACUGUGAAGAUCUACGACACGGAAGCCAAGAAACCAGUGUGUGACUUAGAAACAGACAGCGGCCAUCCAAGGGCAGUCUCUUUAUGCUGCAGUCCCAAUGGUUCAACCUUCAUCUGUUCAGCGGCCAGUCUUUCCAAUCACCAGCCGUCCGGUCUUCCCUCCACAGCGGUAUCGUCCAGGUUACUAGUCUGUGACAUCAAACAGGUCAAGGUCAUAAAUGAGCUGGCUAUGACGACCAAUUCAGGUUGUGUGAACUGCACAGCAUUCAACCACAACGGGCAUCUCUUAGUCACUGGCGCAGCAGAUGGAAUGAUCAGAAUAUUUGAUAUGCAACGAUUAGAGAGCCUACUCAGUUGGCAUGCACACUCCGGUCCGGUCUAUGCAGCUCAGUUCAGCCUAGAUGAGACGUCUGUCCUGAGUAUGGGCUCGGAUGGAAAGUUCAGUCAGUGGAGCACGCACCGAGUCGGUGAGAGGCUGCAGCAGCUAGACAUCCACGACGGUGCCACGGGACCAUUCAUCAUGUCGGGAUUCGGCGGAUACAAACAACAGCUGGCUCCCCGGGCCAAGCUCUUUGCCUUCGACAGCAGCGGCACCCACGUGCUUACCUGUGCGCCGUACGGAGGCAUCAUUUACAAGCUGCACAGAGAGCAGGGAAUGCUGCGGCUGUUGACCAUCUUAGGUCACCGUACUCCAGUCGUCAGCGUCGACUGGUGCACGUCAGUCAACACUGGCAUGUGUCUAACGGGCUCCAUGGACGGCCGUGUACAGGUCACAACUCUACUCAGCCAGUGAUGCUCCGCAGGUUGUAAAAAAAACACCAAAAAUCACUAUUUUAAUAACCAAUUUUUUUAAAGAAGCACACACAGACUGAAAUAUAUUAAAUGAAAGAUGAUCAUGAUAUCUGUUAUGUACAGUUGGUGCGUUUUAAAAUAUAUUUUACCGGAGAGUAGGAGGCAGAGGGUCAUUUUGAUUACAUGUGCAAUUCCUGGAACUUUG